AUGGUGAUUUUUCGCAACCGGACGCUGCGUUACUUUCAACUGCUCGGAAUGCGGCCACCGGCCAGCCUCUCCCACCUCGCCCGUCUGCUGCGAGUCUCGCCGCGCGCAGAGUUAGGUGGUAAGAAUUCGUCGGCCAUCAAGCACGUCGAUUUGGAACGCGCGAAAUCCAAUAAAGAAGCCGCGGCACCUGCGUCUUAUUACAUUCUUCCCGAUGCCCGCCACUCGGGGCUGCCCCGAAUCUACCCAACUUGCGUCCGAAAGAUUACCGCCCGUCAAACUUUUACUUCAGAAUUGCCGAUUAGUAUAAGUCGCCGC